AUGGCUGCUACUGAAAUAUUUGGUCGAUCUUUUUCCGAUGCUCUUUAUGAACGUUAUUGUGAUUUUGAUUCAACAUUUGAUGAUCUGAAAAAUGAUUGUGAUAUUGUCUUUUUUGUUGGUUCAUCACCAAAACAAACAGAAUCGGGUCUUGUUCUUAAUGCAUCAACUGUUGUUUUAACGGAUGAACGUAUAUCUCAUGUAGGUGAUUCUCGUGCUGUAAAAAUAUCAUGUUCACAUGUUGAACUUGUUGAUAUAUCAUCAAAUGCAUUCUCAGAUUGGCAUGAAAUAUCACUUCUUCUUUCAUCAUUACCUCAUGUAAAAACAAUCAAUUUAAGCUUCAAUCCAUUCCCUUCUGAUUUACAUAUAUUACCGAUCGAAUUACAAUGGCCAAAUCUUAAUACUCUAUGUCUUAAUGGAAGUCAUAUUGGUCUUGAAAUGAUUGUUGAAUUACUUAAAAAGACACCAAAUUUAGAAGAACUUCAAAUAUGUUCAAAUGAUUAUACAAAAAUUUUAUCAGAUUAUGGUUUUCAACAUGAAAAUCUUAAACGUCUUUAUAUAACAAAUAAUAAUAUAACCGAUUGGCAAUCAAUAUGUUAUCUUGGACAUUUAUUUUCACAUUUAGAAACUUUAAUAGCUAGUGAUAAUCCUUUAGAAAGUUUUCGUUCAAAUGAAGAUGUUAAUAUAUAUUUAACAUAUUUACAUACACUUAGUGUUGAUAAAGUUCAAGUAUCUGAAUGGGAUGAUAUUAUUGCAUUAACAAAAUUACCUUGUUUAAAGGCUUUACGGAUUCAUUUAGCACCACUUCUUAAGCCUUAUCAAAAAGAUGAACGAUUUUUUUUAUUACUUGGUUAUAUGAAAAAUAUAACGAAAUUAAAUGGAAGUGUUAUAACAGCAAAUGAAAGAGAAACAAGUGAACGAAGAUUUAUUCGUUAUUAUUCACAACGUGAUGAUAAACCACAACGAUAUCAUGAAUUAACUGAAAAACAUGGUAAUCUUAAACCAUUAGUUGAUAUUAAAAUUCGUGCACCUUAUUUAAUUAAUGUUCGACUUGUUCAUAAUCAAAUAACAUAUGAUAAAGAAAUUGAUGUUCGACAAACUGUACAACAAUUUAAAAAAUAUCUUCAUGAAAUUUUUCAAAUACCAUUAACACGUUUACGAGUUUUUUAUAUAGAUGAUGUUGCUUUUAAUAUGGGUGUUUGUGGACCUGAAGAACUUAAAUAUCCACAAAGAUUAUUACAUACGUAUAAUAUUCAUGAUGGAGAUCAAUUUCAUGUUGAUAUUAAACCAGAUCCACCUAAACCUCAAUAUUCAAAUCGAACAGUUGAUACUACUCAUCGUAAUAAGAAAUCUACUGAUAGUAAUCCAACAAAUUCAUCAACAUCAUCAUCGGAUGAUGAUAAAAUAAAUAUAUCAAUUGAAAUUUCACCAUUUUCAUUGGAUUCUUUACAAAAAUUAGCUGAAGAAAAACCUAUAAAUAAUGAUAAUAAUCAAACAUCUAUUGAACUUGAUUAUCUUUAUCCAUCUACAGAUAAAAAUAUUCAAAUGAAAAUCAAUGAUGAUGAUGAUGAUGAUGAUUUAUUAUUAGCUGCUGCUGCUGCUGCUUGUAAUAAUAUAAAAACUAAUAAGUGA